ACCAAGAUGGCCGCUUUGUAUACAACAAAAAUAUGAAAACAAAUUUUGCAUGUUUCUGCAGCUUUUUGCUCCACGAAAAUUCAACAAGAAAAGAUUUAAAGACAUGUCUAAAGGUCACCCUUACAGAUAUGAUCAAGGUCACUAUGACAGAAACAGGUCCAGAUUUGGACAAGAUGGGAGACGAGAUUUGGUCCCUCCAUAUAAAAGACAAAGACGAUCAAGUGGAAAUGAUUUUACAACAUUCAGCUAUGAUGAUUGCAAUCAGGAAGUUGGUCUGGGGAGUUUCAAUGAUUUUAGUGCAAUAAAGAGAGAAACCAUCUUACCUAGAGACAGGCGCCAUGAAAGCAAGCCGCCUUCAUCUCAAUCCACUCUCACAGUUCAAACAACUCGCUCAAAUACUGCAAGUAAAUCUCCAUCAAAAAUUUCUCCAUUAUCUGUGAACAUUUCCCCCUCAAGUCAUGGGAGUAGUAAGUUGCAAACAAGCAUCACACCAUCAUCAGCAAGCAGCUCAUUAUUGAGCUCAUUUCAGCGUCCAAGUCCUCAGCUGACAACUCGGUCACAACCUACCUCUCCAUACCAACCAGCAACUAUAUCACAGCAUAACUCAAGAGUUGAACCUAAUCAGAGCCCAGGUCAUUCUCUUCCUUCAGUUUACCUUGGGACAAAACCUGAUCAGCCUGGUACAGGAUUGCUCAUGCAGGCAUCUUGCAGCGAUGUGAACUCACCAAAUCAUGUCAAAAGUAAUACUGAUACAUCUAAGAAGGAAGAAGUUUACCAGCCAAAAGUUGAAGCUGUUUCACCAACUAACUCUGAAGCUGAGGUUGAGAAAGCAAGUGUUGAACCAAUGGAAGAGGUAGAUCAAAAGAAAAGGUCUGAUGAGUUGUUGAAACAAAUGGAGAAGGUUGAUAAAGAAAUUUCUGAAGUUGAGAAAAAGAUCAAUGAUUUGAAAGAUAAACAGAAAACCUUGGAAGAUGAACUAUCCCAAGAUGCAUUGCAGGUCGAAGAGGAAGAGGAGGAGGAAAAGGAAAAUGAAAAUACAACACUAGACAAUGGAAUUGAAGAGAAAAUGGAAGUGGAAACUCCACCACCAGAACCAAAGGAGAAAGCCUUAAUUGAAAGAAUUUAUGAAGAAAAUAGGAAAAAAGCAGCGGCUGCUCAUGAAAGAUUUGCAAAAAUUGGAAUACCUUUGCCGACUGCUCUGCCGUUAUACAAUCAGCCAUCUGAUUUGCCUUUUUACGAAGAAAAUCGUAAGAAAGCCAGGGCAGUGCAGUUGAAACUUGUCAAAUAUUUCCAACGAAAACGUAAAGACAAGCAAAUUAAGCAACGAGCUCUUCUGGAACAGUACAGAGUUCUACACAAGAAGUGGAUGGAAAAAGUCGAGAAAAUUCAAAAUAACCAGAAACGAAAGAACCGGGAAGGAAAAAUCAGAGAUUCUUAUGAAAAGAUAUUUCCCGAAAUCAAGAGACAUAGAGAACAGACUGAACGAUUUUCAAGGAUUGGUUCUCGUAAUUGGGGAAUGUCAGCGCGUAGUGACGCAGAAUACGAAGAAAUUCUCAAAGAUCUGGAAGAAAAAGAGAGACACGAAAAACACAUGAGACUGUUGGCUGUUGACCCCCCUCCACUUCUGGACGAGGAUCAAAGAAGAGUCAAAUAUAUCAAUAGAAAUGGUUUAAUAAAGGACCUUCAAGUUUACGUUGAGCAGCACAAAAUGCUGAAUAUUUGGACAGAGAGGGAAAAGGAAAUUUUCAAAGAAAAAUAUAUUGUGGCUCCCAAAGACUUCGAGUUUAUUGCUAAGUUUAUACCAAACAAGAACGUGAAAGACUGCAUACUACACUAUUAUCUCACAAAGAGAAAGACUGGAAACUAUAAAAAACUUGCGAAGAAACAGUCACUGAAAAGAAAACGUCUGACGCAUUCCACUAUAAAAGACGAGACUUCAAAGUCUAAAAUCCUCAAACCACGAACUGAGGGUUCACGGUCAGAGAGUGACGUGGAGGAAGAAGAGGGGUUUGAUAUUGAUAGUGAUGGAUCAGAGGAGAGUUCUUCACGUCUCCCCAUAACCAGUUCUAAUACUCCUGCUAAGAUCACAACACCACAGACGGCGAACAAAACAGCAGGAACAGAACCGGCAAGUGUAGAAACUCCACGUUGGUCGAAAAGCGAGCGUGAAAUUGCCAUAGAAGGAUUACGACGUCAUGGCCGCAACUGGACAGCGAUAUCUCAAAUGGUGAAAACCAAAACGGAAGCACAAUGCAAGAAUUUCUAUUUUAAUUAUAAACGAAAACUUGACUUGGAAAAUGUCAUAGCAGAACACAAUGCCGCCAAGGUCGUCCAACGUAGAGAAUCCGAGGAAACCAUUUCUGCGUCGGAGGCUCCGACGACAACUACGAAGUCGAAGAGCGACCGAGUAUUGUACGAAGCAAACCGAAUACAAGAGAAACUCGUUCUCAAGCUGCUGAGCGACGCGCAGAGUCCGGACCCACUCUCCGCAUUUCGCGCAGCUCACGAAAUUCUCGUAACCAAUCCUCCGAAAGGAAACCUUCACGAGGCUCUACAGAAGAUCUGUCAAAUAUCAAAUUUCAUGAGGCGGAAAACCAAGAAACGUCUGAUAAAUCAAAGAUGA